AUGUCUAAUAGUAAAAUGUUUAAUGCUCUGAAAAUCCUAAAGCACCGUAAUGUUAACUUUUUUAACCGGAUCCAUGUUCGGUCAUUUGCGGCUGCGGCAACCAACAAUGUUCACACCAAGUGCAAGUUAGUCAAUGGUGUCUAUGUAAUAACUUUAGACUCGCCAAAUGUUAAGGUUAAUUCAUUAAAUGCCGCUGUUAUGGAUGAGGUAAAAGGAAUUAUCAAUGAAAUUGAAACAAACCCUUCUAUUGAGGCAGCCGUAUUAAUUUCUGGAAAGCCUGGAUGUUUUAUUGCUGGUGCUGAUAUUGGUAUGAUAGAAAGUUGUAAAACUAAGGAAGAAGUUGUCGCAUUAGCAAAGAAUGGCCAUGCCAUUUUCAAACAAAUGGAGUCAUCAAAAAAACCAUACAUUGCGGCUAUACAAGGCAGCUGUCUUGGUGGUGGAUUGGAGACAGCACUGGCAUGUCAUUACCGUAUUGCAGUGAAAGACAGCAAAACAGGUUUUGCAUUGCCUGAAGUUAUGUUGGGACUGCUACCUGGUGGUGGCGGUACUCAGAGGCUGCCAAAAUUAACUUCCGUACCCACGACUUUGGACCUAGCCUUAACAGGGAAAACAGUGAAAGCUGACAAAGCUAAGAAGUUAGGAAUUGUGGACUUAUUGGUCUCUCCACUUGGACCUGGUCUUGUUGAACCACAAGAAAACACAAUGAAAUAUUUAGAACAAGUGGCCAUUCAGGUAGCAAAAGACAUUGCAUCUGGCAAAAUAAAGACUGAGAGGAAGAAAGGUAUGAUGGACAAAGUAAUGGCUACAGCAAUGCAAUGGGAAUUUGUUAAGAAUAUGAUUUUCAACAAGGCAAAGGAGCAGGUCAUGAAAGCAUCCAACGGACUUUACCCGGCUCCAUUAAAAAUUCUAGAGGUAGUAAGAACUGGAGUGGACAAAGGACCAGUAGCGGGAUUUGAAGCUGAAGCUCAAGGAUUUGGUGAAUUGGCCAUGACUCCGCAAAGCAAAGGCUUAAUCGGUCUCUUCAGAGGACAGACUGAAUGCAAGAAGAAUAGAUUUGGCAAGCCUAAGACUAGUGUUAAAACCAUUGGAGUUCUUGGAGCUGGAUUGAUGGGCGCUGGCAUCGUUCAAGUGUCCAUAGACAAAGGCUACAACGUAGUUUUGAAAGAUGCCACUACUGCAGGCCUAUACAGAGGAAUGGGUCAAAUUCAGACCGGCCUAGCUAAUGCUGUUAAGCGUAAACGAAUUUCCGCCUUACAAAAAGACAAGUACAUGUCAAAUCUAUUACCAACAUUGGAUUAUGCGAAGUUCAAGACAGCGGACUGUGUGAUUGAAGCCGUGUUCGAAGAUAUUAAUAUCAAGCAUAAAGUAAUUAAGGAGAUUGAAGCGGUGGCUCCCAAGCACUGUAUAAUCGCUACUAACACCAGUGCAAUCCCGAUCACGAAGAUAGCCGCUGGUAGCAGUCGCCCGGAUAAAGUUAUUGGUAUGCAUUACUUCUCCCCGGUGGACCGUAUGCAAUUACUCGAAAUUAUCCGCCAUCCGGGCACAAGUGAUGAUACAGCGGCCGCCGCAGUCGAUAUAGGUCUGAAACAGGGCAAAGUGGUCAUUACUGUGGGAGAUGGACCAGGAUUCUAUACUACUCGGAUAUUGUCUACUAUGCUGAGUGAGGCUGUCAGGUUAUUGCAAGAGGGUGUAGACCCAAAGGAUCUAGACAAGAGAACUAAGGAGUUUGGAUUCCCCGUGGGUGCUGCUACACUCGCUGACGAAGUCGGUAUUGAUGUAGGCGCGCAUAUCGCCGCUGACUUGGCUAAGGCCUUUGGUGAUAGAAUCAGCGGAGGAGACCUAAACAUUAUGCAGGACUUCGUCAAAUCUGGAUUUAUGGGCAGAAAGUCCGGCAAAGGCUUCUACGUAUACGAGAAAGGUACCAAGAACAAGGAUGUAAAUAUGGAUGCAAUUCAAAUGCUUAAAGACAAGUACUCUUUGGAACCAAGAGGGGCUUCAACCCCGGAAGAUCAUCAGUUAAGAAUGGUUUCUAGAUUCGUCAACGAAGCGGUGCUCUCUCUAGAAGAGACAAUCCUACACAGUCCAUUAGAAGGUGAUAUUGGUGCUGUUUUCGGUCUUGGCUUCCCGCCGUUCACUGGUGGACCUUUCAGAUGGGUGGACCAAUUUGGAGCUGAUAAAUUAGUGAAGAAGAUGGAAGAAUACCAAGGCUUAUAUGGAGCUCCUUUUAAACCAGCGCAGACCCUCGUUGAUAUGGCCAAAGACAGUAGUAAGAAGUUCUACAAAAAUUAA